AUGUCCAGCACCGGCGAGGCGAGCAAGAAGCGCCAUUCCUUCUCCUUGCUCUCUAGAAUAGAGCCGGCGCCAGACGACACGGAGCCAGCCAACGGUCGCUUCAUUCCCGAGAGCAAGCGCGGUUGGAAAUAUGACAUACCGCAGUUUGGCUCGACCUCGGCGACGCCUCGAACCAGCAUCUCGCAGGCGAGGAAGAGUGCCGAUGCAGGGUCGAGACAACGACCCAAAACAGCCGGCUCGCAAAGUGGACAUCUUGACGUGCCGACGGCAAAUGGAGCAUCUCGGUCCGUCACAUCAGCUCCUGUCUCUCCGAGGCACAACUCUUUCGCCACUGCCCCAUCCACUCCUGCUGCCGCCGCCGACCUGUUCUCGUCCGACUCUUCUGCGUCCGAGGACGACAUGGAUCCGAACACGCCCGGCUUUCGACAGAGCGAUCCUCUCGAAGAGGCUGCUAUGGCUUCACGAGUCGACAGCUCCAAUCGCCAUCCAGAUGACCUCGUCUGGCCCGACUCAUAUCCAUGGAAGCCCUCUUUGAAGAACCUAAAAGUCAAAUACAUGCAUCCAGCCCACCGCAAUCCCACCGCCAAACAGGCUUUCUACGAUACGCACUUCGGAUCCUCUUCCAACUAUCACUAUUAUGUGCCUUCGGCUACGUCCUUUCUGGGACUGAGCGGCAGCAAGCUCGAUGCCAGACGUAGAUCGAGCGACAAAGGGGGCACGACGGAUAGCUCCGCAAACGAAGGGGCGGAUGGAGAGGCUGGGUCUAGCAUUCUGUAUGCAACGGUCAAGAAGCCGUUCACCACAGCGUCGAAGUUUCUCAAGGCUCGUCGCAAGAGCCUGAGUGCCGGCUCGAGCUUGGCCAACGGUGAUACCAGUAAAAGCGACGGGAAAGGUAAUGGAGACGACAACGGGGCCACUCAGCAAACGCAAGAAGCUCCUCCGCAGCGUCCUCAUCCAGUGCCACUAUAUCGACCAGGCGAGGACAACCUUGCCGCGCGGUCAGGUUUUAGCUACGGCCUUUCGAUGGAGGAUGCAGCCCAGGUAGAGGCGGUCGUAUCGCGUCACGCCUCCAACGAGGACGUCAGCACUCCCAUCCGACUCGACGAGAGCCUUCCACCGCCCACUCCUCAAGAAGCCUCCCAACCACGCUGGAGGGAAGCAAUCAACAGCGCAUGGGGCUUCUUGCCAUCAUUCGACUUCUUUGCUUCGGCGUCUGCUCCUAACGACAACGGCUCGGAUAUCAAAGCCCUUCCGUCCGCAAACAUGCUCGAGCCAGAACUCAUCCCGACCGUCAAGACGGAUCCUGGCAGUCCCGACUACUUCAAGAACCUCUCUGGAAACGUGGUCAUCUUGGGCGGGUAUCGAGGCAGCGUGUUGCGAGACGCCGAGACCAACAUGAUGAUGUGGAUCCCCAUCAAGGUGGGCGUGGGUCUUCGCCGGCCGACGCUCGAGCUGGGCCUGUCGACGGAAGCAGAGGAGAAGUCGGAAGAGCUCGUCUACUCUUCGGAGCCGUGCAUGUCGAUUGGCAGGCUGGUGGAUAUGGGCAAGCGUCUGGAGGAACGCGUCGCGGGUCGAAGGCAAGCCAAGGUGCACGCUUGGGGCUACGACUGGCGUCUCUCCCUCGCCCGGUCUUCGAAACGGCUGACCAAGUUCCUCGAGGAGCUGUACGAGGCUUCUGCCGAUGAAGCCUCCGGGAAGAAGAGAGGAGCAAAGGUAAUUGCACAUUCGAUGGGUGGUCUAGUCGCUCUGCAUGCACUGGCAACUUGCAACAAUCCGCGCGUCUUCGAAGGUCUCGUAUUCGCGUCGACACCGUUCCGCGGCACACCCAACAUUCUCGGUCCCUUCCGCUUUGGCGAUGCGGCUCUGUUCAACGACACCAUCUGCUCGCCGCGUGCCACCUUCAGCUUCCGUAGCAGCUUCUAUCUCCUACCUCCCGACGGUCGCUGCUUCGAAGUGCCCGUCGGCGAGCCCGAUCAAGACGAUGACGAACUCACCGAGCAGCAAAAGCAGUCUCGCUUCAAAGACGUCGACUUUUUCGAUCCCGACUUGUGGAACGAGCUCGGUCUGAGUCCCUGUCUGGAGCAGGGCCGUCGCCAGCAGCUCAUCGCACUCGCACGCAAGCACAACUCGCGCACGGAGGGAGAAGGACUCUCAAUCGACACGAGCAGCAAUGCCGACCUCGAGCAAGCGCUGAGCCCAACCAGCCCAGAUGUGGCGUCUCCGGGCGGCGACGCCCCGGACAGACCCAACGGUCUUUCGAUGGGCGUGAUCGAGGGGCUCACGGAUCAGCCUCCCACCAGCCCAGGCGAGGCAGAGCUGCCCGCUGACGACUCGGAACAAGACGCGCUCCAGCCGUCGAACCGCCAGGGCGCAAAACGCAACGUCCCCUCGGACCCAACUAGCCCGGCCGACUUCGACAAGCUCGAAUACGCCACCCAGUCCUGGCUCUACCUAGAGCGCACCCUGUCAGAAGUGCGCCAGUUCUGGUCGGACAUCGAACACGGAUUCUCGCCCACCAAGCAUGCAGCUGGGGAGUAUCCGCCGAUGAUGCUGCUCACCUCUGGGCGCACGCCGUGUGUCCGCGGUGCGCUGGUCGGCGUCGACGCGUACACCUCCAAGGACCCAACCGAAGACGGAUGGAAGGACGACGUGCGUGCGGGCGACUAUAGCAGGAUGACGUACGGCGCCGGUGACGGCGUCAUCACGCGGCGCUCGGCGACAACUCUCCCCGGCCAGUGGGCGAGACUGCUCGCGAAGCGGGAGGAGACGGAGACACUGCCCCAGGAGCUGUGGGGGAAGGGACCACCGUUCAAGAAGAAGCUGGGGAAGGGGAGGCUGAAGAUGGAUCGGUACGCGAUGCGGUUUGACGGCGAAGGUGUGGUGGAGAGCUCGCACAGGCAUGUGACGCUACUCAGCGAUGUGGAUGGGAUCGGCAAAUGUCUUGAGGCGGUGAGACGGGCCAAUUUGGUCAGAGGAAGGUUGGCACACAGUCCAGAAGAGACGAGCUCGUGA